ACCGCCUCUUAACGGCCAGCCAACCCAGCUGCGUGCGUGGACAUGCCCCAUGUAGAGUUCAAGGACCAGGAGCCACAGGCGAUGGGGGAGAGAAAGGAGUAUCAGCAAGGCGAGGAGAACUGCCAAGAGGAAGCUGGUGGAGGGUCAGCUAGUGCCAACCGCCAGCUGCCCGGGCUGGAAGGGAAGUCAGUGCCCUACUUCUCCUCUCUGGACUCAAGCAUUGAUAUCCUGAAGAAGAGAGCCCAGGAGCUGAUUGAAAACAUCAAUGAGAGCAGGCAAAAGGACCAUGCACUCAUGACCAACUUCAGGGACAGCCUCAAGAUCAAGGUCACUGAUCUGACAGAGAAGUUAGAGGAGAGGAUGUAUCAGGUUUACAACCACCACAGCAAGAUCAUUCAGGAGAGGCUCCAGGAGUUCACCCAGAAAAUGACAAAGAUCAGCAAUCUGGAAACAGAGCUCAAACAAGUCUGCCACACCGUGGAGUCUGUGUACAAAGACCUGUGCGUCCAGCCCGAGGUUACAACUCCAGAAGAACAGACCUACAAAGAUGGUGAAUGCUGACCACUGCUGGGAGAUUCACUCACAUCUUAGUGACAGCCACCAAGAGGCCAUUGUUUGGGCCGUGCUGAGAAGAUUGUUUUCACAGCUCUGUAACAACUUGACCAAAAAUAUUAAAAAAAU